CAUAAAGACCUCUGUUACCUCCACCAGAUACUUGAUAUGCUGCCAGAUAUGACAUGCAGAUCACCCAAAGAAAGUUUGGAACUAUUGGAAGCUGAAAAAUCGCCAGGAAUCGACCAACUGUUUGACGAAAAGCAAUGCAUUAACGAUGUUUACCAAAGGCCUUUUCAGUAUUUACUUCAGCUGGAAAAUGGACAAAAAGGUGAAAUCAGAUACAAUCCCACAGGAGAGAAGGGGACUGAAAAAAAUGUCUUGCGAACAAUGCUCAGACACUGUGGUUUGCAAAAUCCAUCAUGGGCCGAACUCUUUUAUUUUGUCAACUUUUUAAACAUUCAGCUGAUAAGCUUUGAAUCAAACCUCUUUGUCAGCGGUGCACUUGCGGGAGAUUUACCUGGAUUCGGACGGUUCGUCCUCAGUUUCCUUAUGCAUAUGUCAAGGGACUUUUCAACGCAUUCCUUGGACAUUAGCGAAAAGACACCAGGGUCAGCUGAACAGGUAGAAGACGCAGACACCAGUGAUAACGAAGAACUGAAGCAGUUUCAAAUGAGACGUACAUGGGAAAGCAGCCCUCAUCCCUAUCUAUUCUUUAAUGAGGACAAAACAACCUUCACGUUUUUGGGGUUUCAUAUCGAAAAAAGUACAAGGAAUGUUAUAGAUCACCAGACGGAAAAAAUACUGGAAAAAAACAUAAUGUCGUUGCAGUUGUACGAAGCGUUGGAUGUUAAUGGAGUCCCCUUGCAAGAAAACUUUGAUAAUCGGUCAAGGCAGGAAAAGAUACAAAGACUACGUAAUGUAAUGGGAAUUAAUGAGACCCAUGAUCCAGACGAUACCUACGAGCUGACAACUGACAACGUAAAGAAGAUGAUGGCUAUUCAUAUGCGCUUCCGGAGUGACAUUCCUGUUAUAGUCAUGGGCGAAACCGGUUGCGGAAAGACUAGACUUGUCAAGUUUAUGUGUGCAUUACAAAUUCCGCCCGGAAGCACAGUACAGAAUAUGAUAAUUAUGAAAGUGCAUGGGGGCACUACGAAAAAAGACAUAAAAAGAAAGGUCGAUCAAGCACAGAAAAUCGCACUCGAGAACAUGAGGGUGAAAAAAGACAUGUUUACUGUUUUAUUUUUUGACGAGGCCAACACCACGGAAUCUGUUGGUUUAAUCAAGGAGAUCAUAUGUGAUAAGAGCCUCGAAGGCAAAAGCCUGGAUUUAUGUGAAAAUUUGAAAAUGGUCGCAGCCUGCAAUCCUUACCGGAAACAUUCAGAUGAUUUGAUAAAGAAGUUAGAACAAGCUGGUCUCGGCUAUCAUGUGAAUGCUGACGAAACAACCGAUCGCCUUGGUAGAGUACCAAUGAGACGGCUUGUAUACAGGGUGCAGCCCCUACCACAAAGCCUCCUUCCACUUGUUUGGGAUUUUGGACAACUCAGCACCGCUGUUGAAAAACUAUAUAUAAAACAAAUGGUCAGGAGAUACAUUGGAAAUGGGAAGAUUCCAGAUCAAAACAAUUUAAAGGAAGUUGUUAGUGACAUUCUCACCGAAUCACAAGAAUACAUGCGACAACAAAAGGAUGAAUGCAGUUUUGUUUCACUCCGAGAUGUUGAUCGGACACUGACUGUGAUGAGUUGGUUCUAUAAGCAAAGUCAAGAGAAUGGUCUACAGUUUAAACUGAUGAACGCAAAGAUGAGAAAUAAACAUAACGAGAAAUACACUCUGGAUGCUACUACGAGGUCGUUGAUUUUGGCUCUCGGUGUCUGCUACCAUGCGUGUCUCAAAUCUAGAUCGGAAUAUAGGGAAAGAAUUGCCAAAUUUUUCAAAAGCCCCUGCUUGCUUCAAAGAGGUGGUGCACAAAUAGGAGAGGAAAUAGACAGGUACAAAUUGUAUUAUUCCUCAUUUGUUAGUAAAAGGUGA